AAGGUGUGUAAGUGUGCAGCUCCUACCGAUGCUUGUUCCGUAGAACAACUCUAAUAAAAAUUAGCCCUUUUCCAUUCCGUUCUGACGUGCGGCGUGCCUUCGAAACAUCUGAUCGGAAGCAAGGACGAACUCCAUGGCUCUCGAUCCAGCCACUUUCGAAACCUUAACUCCAUCUCGCUUCAUCGCCUUCACCUUCCCCCACCCCUCACAGCCUGACUCCCUCCUCCGAGUGGCUGUCCUAGACGCACCAAUCCAACCCGCCGAUGCACCCCGAGUCGCCGCCAUGUUCGUCCCCGAGCACCGCGAAUCUGACUGGAUCUUCUCCACAGAGUCCGGUCACCUCCAGCUACUCCUUGGCUCUUCCGGAAUUUCCCGCUUAAUCCUCAUCGGAAACUGGCCCAUCAACGGUCAUUGUUCGCCGAUUAUUUACCACCGUGCGAUCAAUCACGAUUCCAACGGCCUCGAGGUGAGCUUGAAACCUCUUUUGCUCGCGUUGUCUCCUAAAUCUUUGUUUGAAAAUGGGAUUCCUGAGAUUCCCAUUUUGAGCUAUGAAGAUAACGUGAUUUGUCGCGUGGUAGUGGAACGUUGUGUUGGGUCUUUUGCUGGAGAAAUGUUGGUCGAGGAUGUGGAAAUUGAGAGUGGUAGUGACGUGGGCGAGUGUGUAAAGAGGGAAUUUCGGAGACGAUUGAGGUUCAAAAGGAUGCCGAAUUUGGUUCAAACGGAGAUACGUCUUGUUCCCUGGGCGGGUACUGAUUCAGGUCGUUUGGGGAUUGGGGAGGUUGAGUUCAGGCCUGAUAUUGAGGUUUUGGUGCAUCCUUACCUGGCUCCAAUGGUGGCGAGCAUUUCCUUGAUCAGUUCUUGUAUUGAGGAACGGAAUCAAAAUGGGUUUAGGCCGAAAGCUUUGUGCGUUGGUGUGGGCGGUGGGGCUCUGCUUGCUUUCCUCAAAACUCAAUUGGGUUUUGAUGUCGUCGGGGUGGAGGCUGAUGCAGAGGUUUUGAGGGUUGCACGGCAGUAUUUUGGUUUGGAUGAUACCGAGUCUAUCCAGCUUAUUGUUGGAGAUGCAACAAAUGUUAUGGAGAAGAUUGCAUAUAAUGCAAACGGGCACAAUUUGGGUUAUCUUGGCGUUCAUGAGGCUGAGAAUGGUAGUUAUUUGCGGGAUGGCAAUGAUCUCAACAACAAAUUCGAUAUCAUUAUGGUUGAUUUGGAUUCUAGUGAUGCUAACGAUGGUACAAUAUCUCCACCUUUGGAAUUUGUUCAGAAUCAUGCUCUUUUGGCUGCUAAAAUGCUUCUCUGUGAUUUUGGGAUUCUCGCCAUAAAUGUCAUUGCUCCAAGUCGGUCAUUCUAUGAGAAGUUGAUAGAUGAAUUUCGUGAGGUUUUUCACGAGCUGUACGAAAUAGACGUAGGAAAUGAAGAGAAUUUUGUUCUAGUUGCCACAAAGUCACCUACCAUCUCUUGCAUUAGCAAUUGUGAGAAUUCAUUUCUCAACAGACUGCGGUUGGUUACCUUGGGAGCAUACAUGGAUUCCAUAAGGAAGAUUUGAGGCCCAAAGGUCUAAGGAAGUUGAAGAAUAUAAUUAUCAGAGAUCAUAAGUCAAAGCAUGUUCCGAAGAAUGGUUUUGGGAGAGAAUGAUUCCAAAGCAUGUUUCAAAGCAUGAGUUCAAAGGGAUUUCAACUCGAGGCAAAAGCUUAAAAUCAGUGAAGAGCUCAUACCCUCCUGAUGGGAACCAGCUCGGUUUGAAGGGGAGGAUGAAGAACUAUAAUCUCCAGGCUAUAGUUUUAUGCCUUGCAAAUCCUAAGGGGAUUUGAUGACAAAUUUCAAAUCAGGCAUUUGCCCCCUAACGUUGAUUUACCACGUUAGUAAGCCUUCGUAGGACUGGUGGAAUGAUAAUGAGUAUAUACAAUAAAACCAAAAGGGAAGAAAAGAUAGAAAGUUUUAGAAUUCUGGUUUUUGAUUGAAUGAAUAUAAUGUAGAACCACAAAGGCAACUGCUAUGUGGGGGCCAAAUGAUCUUCCAAUGUUUUUCAGUGAGCCUUGGAAAGUUGGAAACGCCCCUCAUUCUUGCAAGCCAUGAAAUUUUUGCAGCAGUACCUCAUUAAUUCCAAACCUCAGCGAGUUUGUGGACGCAUUCCAUGAUUUAUCUAAAGGGGUUGCCAUCCUUUUGAUGCUGUGAAUUAUAGUAGCCAGAGUUCUCAUUGUGAAUCAUUCAGAGCUCGUGCCCUUAGAAGCUCUGAGAGGAAAAUAUAUUAUAGAUCUACUACUGAUGUUGCUCUGGAUUCCAUAACGACAAUGUCUACUUCAAAAAGGAGAAAAACAAUCCUGCUUUCUACCUUGCAUGUAUUGGUUACCCUCAGGUGAUUUACACAUGAUACUCCAUGAGACAGAUGGUCAACCUCGGCAAAUGCAAUUAGACACUUAAGAAUGUUCAUUCAGGAGAUCUAGACUCCCACCCAUGGCUCUGAUAAAAUGUGUUCUUUACCUCUAUGACUGAGUUCUGUAGUUUCUGGUGCAAGUAAAACCUAGCUCUGCUCAUGGUUUUGAACAAGAUUGUUGGAAACAUCGGACUGCCACAACAGUUUCCAACAUUUAUGUCCACUUCUGUUGUCAAAUUUUAAUGCUUAAAAAUCUCAUUUGCCAUGCGUCGUACUUUACUAUCC